GACGACACUCUGCGGUGCCAUAGCACAUGGAUUUCAGAACCGCCUGUGAGGAGACAAAGACAGGGGUUUGUUUGCUGCAGGAUGGUCAUCAAGAGCCUUUCAAAGUCCGGCUGCACCUAGCCAAAGAUAUUCUGAUGAUCCAGGAACAGGAUGUGAUGUGUGUGUCUGGUGAGCCUUUCUAUUCCGGUGAAAGAACAGUGACCAUCAGAAGGCAAGCAGUGGGAGGAUUUGGCUUAAGCAUCAAGGGAGGAGCAGAACAUAAUAUUCCAGUUGUCAUUUCAAAAAUUUCCAAGGAGCAAAGAGCGGAGCUUUCGGGACUACUCUUCAUUGGAGAUGCAAUUCUGCAGAUAAAUGGGAUUAAUGUGAGAAAAUGCAGACAUGAAGAAGUGGUUCAGGUUCUACGGAAUGCGGGAGAAGAAGUGACCCUAACAGUGUCAUUUUUAAAAAGAGCACCUGCUUUCCUCAAACUCCCGUUGAAUGAAGACUGUGCAUGUGCUCCAAGUGACCAGAGUAGUGGCACCUCCUCUCCUCUUUGUGACAGUGGCUUGCACCUCAACUAUCAUCCCAAUAAUACAGAUACGUUGUCUUGUUCCUCGUGGCCCACUUCGCCAGGCUCCAGAUGGGAGAAGCGAUGGUGUGACCUCAGGCUCAUUCCUCUGCUUCACUCUCGCUUCUCUCAGUACGUGCCCGGGACAGACGUGAGCCGGCAGAAUGCCUUUCAAGUUACUGCAGUGGAUGGAGUCUGCAGUGGAAUUAUCCAGUGCCUCUCUACAGAAGACUGUGUUGACUGGCUGCAAGCAAUAGCAACUAAUAUUUCAAACCUCACAAAGCACAAUAUUAAAAAAAUCAACCGAAACUUUCCUGUGAACCAGCAGACAGUCUACAUGGGCUGGUGUGAAGUAAGGGAACAAGACCCCCUUCAAGAUCGACUAUAUUCACCAACAUUUCUGGCCCUGAGGGGCUCCUGUCUUUACAAGUUUCUGGCACCUCCAGUGACCACCUGGGACUGGACCCGGGCAGAGAAAACAUUCUCAGUUUAUGAGAUUAUGUGCAAGAUUCUCAAGGACAGUGACCUGCUGGACCGGCGGAAACACUGCUUCACUGUGCAGUCUGAGUCUGGGGAAGAUCUCUACUUCUCUGUAGAGUUAGAGUGUGACCUGGCCCAGUGGGAAAGAGCCUUCCAAACUGCCACCUUCCUAGAAGUGGAAAGGAUACAGUGCAAGACAUACGCGUGUGUUCUCGAAAGUCAUCUAAUGGGACUCACCAUUGACUUUAGCACAGGAUUUAUCUGCUUUGAUGCUGCAACAAAGGCUGUACUUUGGAGGUAUAAGUUUUCUCAGCUGAAAGGUUCUUCAGACGAUGGCAAGAGCAAAAUCAAAUUUUUGUUUCAGAAUGCAGAUACUAAACAGAUUGAAGCAAAGGAGUUGGAAUUUUCUAAUCUGUUUGCUGUUCUUCACUGCAUUCAUUCAUUCUUUGCUGCCAAAGUGGCUUGUUUGGACCCUCUAUUUUUAGGCAGUCAGGUGACUGCUUCUGCUGCUGCCAGCUCUGCCAGUACAAGCAAAGCAAAGUACACAACUUGACAUUGGAGCUCUGCAGUGACAUUUGCAAUGACUAUCAAAAAAACAAAGAAAAGAAAAUCAGCAUAUCCACUAUGCUAGGUCCAGGAAAAACUACGGUAUUAUGAAAUCACCAGUGCAGUCUAACUGAAAUUUCAGCAGAAAAAGAAGGUCAUGUGAUACCCUACAAACAUUUCUAUUCUGGAAGCCAUCUGUGAAUCAUCCUAAAUGAACAGAACAGCUUCUUCGACUGGACCUAUUUGUACCAUUAUGC